AUGGAGAAAAAUGGAACAACAGAGACAAAGACCAAAGCUGGGAAGCAAAAGAAGAGAGCUCUUUCAGAGAGCAAAGAUUUGGAUGAUGCAUGUAAGAGGAGGCCUAAGCGUGCUGCUGCAUGUACAGAUUUCAAGGAAAAAUCUGUCCGUAUCUCGGAAAAAUCUGCUACUGUAGAAAUUAAGAAACAGCAGUUCGUGGAGGACGAGAUUGUUGCUCUACACUUAACUUCUUCUCUUCAGACCGAUGAACAUCGUCAAACCAGGAGGCUAACUGACUUCGUUUUACAUGAUACUGAUGGAGCUCCACAGCCCGUGGAAAUGUUGGAAAUUGGGGACUUAUUCAUUGCCGGUGUUAUCUUACCUUCAGAUUGUAAGGAUAAAGAAAAAGGCGUGAGGUGCGAAUCAUUUGGACGGGUGGAGAAUUGGAGUAUAUCUGGCUAUGAAGAUGGCUCUCCUGUGAUAUGGAUCUCAACUGAUUUGGCAGAUUAUGAUUGCCUUAAACCUGCUACUAGCUACAAAAAGAUGUAUGAUUAUUUCUUUGAGAAGGCAUGUGCUUCGGUGGCUGUGUAUAAGAAAGUGUCCAAGUCUUCAGGUGGGAAUCCUGAUACGAGUCUCGAUGAGUUGCUUGCAGCGGUUGUCAGGUCAAUGAGCGGAAGCAAGAGCUUUUCUAGCGGUGCAGCCAUCCAAGACUUUGUUAUAUCCCAGGGAGAAUUCAUAUAUAACCAACUUGCUGGUUUGGACGAGACAGCUAAGAAACAUGAAACAAGCUUUGCUGAGAUUCCUGUUCUUGUUACUCUCAGAGACGGGAGUAGUAAACUUGACAAUGCUGCGCAGAUGGUAGGAAAACCUUCUAAUGGGACUCUGAGGAUUGGAGGAGUUUCUGAAGUUGCAGAGAGCAAGGCCUUGGCUUGUGAUCAACUGGUUGAUGGUGUUGACGAGGACAGAAGAUAUGCUAAACUUCUACAAGAUGAAGAGUAUAGGAAAUCUAUGCAGCAGCCUAGAAGAAACAGCAGCUCAGCUUCUGCUUCAAAUAAAGUCUACAUAAAGAUUGAUGAAGAUGAGAUUGCCAAUGAUUACCCUCUCCCAGCUUAUUUUAAGAAUUCCGUUGAUGAGGCAGAUGAGCUUUUAUUGUAUGAGCCUGUGUAUGAGGUUGACCAACUGCCUCGCAGGAUGCUUCACAAUUGGGCUCUUUACAACUCCGAUACAAGGUUUAUAUCACUGGAGCUUCUUCCGAUGAAGCCUUGUGCUGAUAUUGAUAUCAACAUCUAUGGGUCAGGUGUGAUGACUGAGGAUGAUGGAACUUGGAUUGAUAUCAAUGAUUCUGACAGCUCUACACAGGGUUCCCAGCAACAGGAUCUUGGUGGGAUGGCCAUAUUCCUUAGUGAAAUUAAGGAAUGGAUGAUUGAGUUUGGGGCGGGAAUGGUCUCCAUUUCAUUCCGAACAGAUGUGGCCUGGUAUCGACUUGGGAAACCUUCGAAGCAAUAUUCCCUUUGGUAUGAACCGGUUCUGAAAACAGCAAGGGUUGCGAUAAGCAUUAUUACAAUGCUUGAUGAGCAAAGUAGAAUUUCUAGGCUUUCAUUUGCAGAUGUCAUUAAAAGACUGUCUGAGUUCCAGAAGAACAAUAAAGCUUACAUUUCUUCUGAUUCCAAGGCUGUGGAGAGAUAUGUGGUUGUCCAUGGGCAAAUAAUCUUGCAGCUUUUUGCAGAAUAUCCUAAAAAGGAUAUCAGAAGGUGUCCAUUUAUUGUUGGUCUUGCAAGUAAAUUGGAGGAUAGGCACCACACAAAAUGGGUCAUCAAGAAGAAAAAAAUUGUGCAGAAGAAAGAGAAUUUCAAUCCAAGGGCAGGUAUAACAGAUGUGGUAUCCAAGAAGAAAGCUAUGCAAGCAACAACAACUCGCCUGAUCAACAGAAUUUGGGGUGAGUUUUACUCCAAUUACGCUCCAGAGGUACCACUGCAGGAGAUUGGUGUAGAAAAUGGCGGGGAAGAGAUUGAAGAGGAGAAUGAAAUUGAGGAAGAGGAGGGUGAAAUCGAAGAAGAUGAUACGGAGAACACUUUCGUGGAGGACGAGAUUGUUGCUCUACACUUAACUUCUUCUCUUCAGACCGAUGAACAUCGUCAAACCAGGAGGCUAACUGACUUCGUUUUACAUGAUACUGAUGGAGCUCCACAGCCCGUGGAAAUGUUGGAAAUUGGGGACUUAUUCAUUGCCGGUGUUAUCUUACCUUCAGAUUGUAAGGAUAAAGAAAAAGGCGUGAGGUGCGAAUCAUUUGGACGGGUGGAGAAUUGGAGUAUAUCUGGCUAUGAAGAUGGCUCUCCUGUGAUAUGGAUCUCAACUGAUUUGGCAGAUUAUGAUUGCCUUAAACCUGCUACUAGCUACAAAAAGAUGUAUGAUUAUUUCUUUGAGAAGGCAUGUGCUUCGGUGGCUGUGUAUAAGAAAGUGUCCAAGUCUUCAGGUGGGAAUCCUGAUACGAGUCUCGAUGAGUUGCUUGCAGCGGUUGUCAGGUCAAUGAGCGGAAGCAAGAGCUUUUCUAGCGGUGCAGCCAUCCAAGACUUUGUUAUAUCCCAGGGAGAAUUCAUAUAUAACCAACUUGCUGGUUUGGACGAGACAGCUAAGAAACAUGAAACAAGCUUUGCUGAGAUUCCUGUUCUUGUUACUCUCAGAGACGGGAGUAGUAAACUUGACAAUGCUGCGCAGAUGGUAGGAAAACCUUCUAAUGGGACUCUGAGGAUUGGAGGAGUUUCUGAAGUUGCAGAGAGCAAGGCCUUGGCUUGUGAUCAACUGGUUGAUGGUGUUGACGAGGACAGAAGAUAUGCUAAACUUCUACAAGAUGAAGAGUAUAGGAAAUCUAUGCAGCAGCCUAGAAGAAACAGCAGCUCAGCUUCUGCUUCAAAUAAAGUCUACAUAAAGAUUGAUGAAGAUGAGAUUGCCAAUGAUUACCCUCUCCCAGCUUAUUUUAAGAAUUCCGUUGAUGAGGCAGAUGAGCUUUUAUUGUAUGAGCCUGUGUAUGAGGUUGACCAACUGCCUCGCAGGAUGCUUCACAAUUGGGCUCUUUACAACUCCGAUACAAGGUUUAUAUCACUGGAGCUUCUUCCGAUGAAGCCUUGUGCUGAUAUUGAUAUCAACAUCUAUGGGUCAGGUGUGAUGACUGAGGAUGAUGGAACUUGGAUUGAUAUCAAUGAUUCUGACAGCUCUACACAGGGUUCCCAGCAACAGGAUCUUGGUGGGAUGGCCAUAUUCCUUAGUGAAAUUAAGGAAUGGAUGAUUGAGUUUGGGGCGGGAAUGGUCUCCAUUUCAUUCCGAACAGAUGUGGCCUGGUAUCGACUUGGGAAACCUUCGAAGCAAUAUUCCCUUUGGUAUGAACCGGUUCUGAAAACAGCAAGGGUUGCGAUAAGCAUUAUUACAAUGCUUGAUGAGCAAAGUAGAAUUUCUAGGCUUUCAUUUGCAGAUGUCAUUAAAAGACUGUCUGAGUUCCAGAAGAACAAUAAAGCUUACAUUUCUUCUGAUUCCAAGGCUGUGGAGAGAUAUGUGGUUGUCCAUGGGCAAAUAAUCUUGCAGCUUUUUGCAGAAUAUCCUAAAAAGGAUAUCAGAAGGUGUCCAUUUAUUGUUGGUCUUGCAAGUAAAUUGGAGGAUAGGCACCACACAAAAUGGGUCAUCAAGAAGAAAAAAAUUGUGCAGAAGAAAGAGAAUUUCAAUCCAAGGGCAGGUAUAACAGAUGUGGUAUCCAAGAAGAAAGCUAUGCAAGCAACAACAACUCGCCUGAUCAACAGAAUUUGGGGUGAGUUUUACUCCAAUUACGCUCCAGAGGUACCACUGCAGGAGAUUGGUGUAGAAAAUGGCGGGGAAGAGAUUGAAGAGGAGAAUGAAAUUGAGGAAGAGGAGGGUGAAAUCGAAGAAGAUGAUACGGAGAACACUGUAUCAGAAUCUGUUGAUGUUCAAAAGUCUCAUAAUCCUCCAAAGAAAAUUCGAGGCAGUUCCGGAAAGAUGGAAAUAAGAUGGGAUGGUGAGAUCAUAGGAAAAACUUCUGCUGGUGAGCCUCUCUAUCGACAAGCACUCGUUGGAGGGGAAACUGUGGCUGUCGGUGGUGCUGUCAUCGUGGAAGUUGAUGAUUCAGAUGAAAUUCCGGCCAUCUACUUUGUGGAAUACAUGUUCGAAAGUUCAGAUCACUGCAAAAUGCUACAUGGAAAACUCCUUCAAAGAGGAUCUGAGACUGUUCUAGGGAAUGCUGCUAACGAGAGGGAACUAUUUCUGACUAAUGAAUGCAUGACUGUGCAGCUUAAGGACAUAAAAGGAACAGCCAUUUUUGAGAUGCGAUCCAGGCCAUGGGGGCAUCAGUAUAGGAAAGAGACCGCCACUGCAGAUAAGCUUGACCGGACAAGAGCAGAUGAAAGAAAAGCUAAAGAUUUGCCUACAGAGUACUACUGCAAGAGCUUGUACUCACCUGAGAGAGGGGGAUUCUUUAGUCUUCCACUAAGUGAUAUUGGUCGUGGUUCUGGAUUCUGCAAUUCAUGUAGGUUAAGGGAGGAUGAAGAGAAAAGGUCAGAAAUUAAACUCAAUGUUACAAAGACAGGCUUUUUCUCCAAAGGGAUCGAGUAUUCUGCUGAAGAUUAUGUCUAUGUCAAACCCGACUAUAUGACUGUAGAUGGACUGAAGAAUGGUAUUGGAAAUUUUAAGUCUGGGCGGAACAUUGGGUUAAGAGCUUUUGUUGUUUGCCAAUUAUUGGAAAUCAUUGUCCCCAAGGAUUCUAGAAAGGCUGAUUUGGGCUCCUUUGAGGUUAAAGUGAGAAGGUUUUAUAGGCCUGAGGAUAUUUCCGCAGAUAAGGCCUAUACUUCAGACAUCCAAGAGUUGUAUUACAGCCAGGAUACAGAUGUUCUUCCUCCAGGGGCACUAAAGGGAAAAUGCGAAGUAAGGAAGAAAAAUGAUAUGCAGUUGUCCCGUGAAUAUCCAUUAUCAGACAAUAUCUUCUUCUGUGAGCAUUUCUAUGACUCGUCCAAAGGUUCUCUCAAGCAGUUGCCUGCCAAUAUCAAGCUGAAGUUCUCUACUAUCAAGGAUGACAUGCUUCUAAGAAAGAAAAAGGGGAAGGGUCUAGAGAUUGAAAGCGAUUCCAGUAUUGUGAAGCCUGAAGAGGUACCUAAAGAGUUGCGUCUGGCCACACUAGAUAUUUUUGCUGGUUGUGGUGGACUGUCUCAUGGACUGGAACAGGCGGGUGUAUCUGCAACAAAAUGGGCGAUCGAGUAUGAAGAGCCAGCUGGGCAGGCUUUUAGACAAAACCAUACCGAAUCAACAGUUUUUGUUAACAACUGCAAUGUGAUUCUUAGGGCUAUAAUGGAGAAAUGUGGAGAUGAAGAUGAUUGUAUCGCUACUACGGAAGCAGCCGAACUUGCAGCUAAACUUGAUGAGAACCAGAAAAGUACUCUGCCACUGCCUGGUCAAGUGGAUUUCAUCAACGGAGGUCCUCCAUGCCAGGGAUUUUCUGGUAUGAACAGGUUCAACUACAGCCCUUGGAGUAAAGUUCAGUGUGAAAUGAUAUUAGCAUUCUUGUCCUUUGCUGAUUAUUUCCGACCAAGGUAUUUUCUUCUGGAGAACGUGAGGACCUUUGUGUCACACAAUAAAGGGCAGACAUUUCGACUUACUCUGGCUUCUCUUCUCGAAAUGGGUUACCAGGUGAGAUUUGGAAUCUUGGAGGCAGGUGCAUAUGGAGUUUCCCAGUCUCGUAAAAGAGCUUUUAUUUGGGCAGCUGCACCAGAAGAAGUUCUUCCAGAAUGGCCUGAGCCGAUGCAUGUCUUUCGUGUUCCCAAGUUGAAAAUCUCACUAUCUCAAGGCUUACAUUAUGCUGCUGUUCGUAGUACACAAAAGGGUGCACCUUUCCGCUCAAUCACUGUGAGAGACACAAUUGGUGAUCUUCCACAAGUAGAAAACGGAGAAGCCAGGACAAACCAAGAGUAUAAAGCUGAUCCAGUCUCGUCGUUCCAAAAGGUGAUAAGAGGAAACAUGAUCUCUCUCACUGAUCAUAUCUGUAAAGCAAUGAAUGAACUAAACCUCAUUCGAUGUAAGAAUAUCCCAAAGAGGCCAGGUGCUGAUUGGCGUGACCUCCCAGACGAAAAGGUGACGUUAUCAAAUGGAAAGACUGAGGAUCUGAUUCCUUGGUGUCUGCCAAACACCGCUAAGCGCCACAACCAGUGGAAGGGACUCUUUGGGAGAUUAGACUGGGAAGGUAACUUUCCCACUUCCAUUACUGAUCCUCAGCCCAUGGGUAAGGUGGGAAUGUGCUUCCAUCCUGACCAGGACAGAAUUCUCACAGUCCGUGAAUGCGCCCGAUCUCAGGGGUUUCCGGAUAGCUAUGAGUUUGCAGGAACCAUAAUACACAAGCAUAGGCAGAUUGGGAAUGCAGUUCCACCAUCAUUGGCGUUUGCUCUUGGUCGUAAGCUCAAAGAAGCCGUUGAUCUCAAGAGGUCUCUUCAACACCAGCCAUAG